CUGAAUUUUAAUUUGACAUUACACGGACGUCAACGUCAACUUUGAUACCAAUGCUUUGAAUAAUAAAAAGUUAAAAUAUAAAUAUGAUCUUCACAGGUGUAUAAUUUAUUAGAGUUAGUUGAACGAGUGCUUUUUGAAUAAAUCUUUCAUUAAAAUGUCACUAGAACAAACAGCUUGCGAUGAUGCUCUUACAGACUUGAAGGCUUUCGAACGUCGCCUUACAGAAGUUAUAGCAUGUCUCCAGCCUGCUACAAUGAGAUGGAGAAUUUUGUUAGCGGUGGUGUCAAUUUGCACAGCAAUAGCGGCGUGGCACUGGUUGACAGAUCCACUAACACCAGUGGUAUCUCUUACACAGUCGCUGUGGAAUCAUCCCUUCUUUGCAUUUACUUCUACUUUCUUAGUACUGCUGUUCAUGCUGGGCGUGCAUAGGAAGGUGAUAGCGCCAAGUAUAAUAACUGCUCGUACUCGCUCCGUUUUGAAUGACUUUAAUAUGUCCUGCGAUGAAACUGGGAAAUUAAUUCUAAAGCCGAGACCAGCUAAUAAUUGACCAGCAAGCAUAUCAACUUUUGUAAAUAUUAUAUAAGUAUUAAAUGUUUUGUAAAUUUAUUUAAUAAAUAAAACACAA